AUGUAUGUUGACAACGAAGCAAAUGAAGAUGAUGAAUCUGAAGAUAGGUUGGACGAAAUGUUCCGUGAUGUUGGAGAAGAGUUCACAAAUCGAUCAAAUGAGUUGGAUGAAUUAUUAAAUGAUUCAAAACAGCCUUUAUGGCCCGGGUGUAGUAAAUAUACUCGCUUAUCUGCUGUUUUGAAAUUAUUCAACUUAAAAGCUGGGAAUGGAUGGAGCGACAAGAGCUUUACUGCUUUACUUGAUUUAAUAAACGAUAUGCUUCCAGAAGAUAAUGGACUCCCGAAGAGUACAUAUGAUGCAAAGAAGAUUAUGUGUCCCAUAGCUUAUGGAAACCUGGCUGGGUAUAGUGUCAAAGGACAUAAGGCAUGCCCUAUACGUGAAGAUAAUACAUGUUAUACACAACUUGUCCAUGGCAGAAAGACAGUCUACUUGGGUCACCGGAGGUUUCUUGAUAGAGCUCACCCUUACAGGAGAUUAAAAAAGGCUUUCAAUGGGCAACAAGACUAUACAGAUGCUCCACAACCAAUGACUGGGAUUGAAGUUUAUGAACGUGUGAAAGGUAUAAAUGUUACUUUUGGUAAAACUCAAAAGCUUAAAUCUCAAAGAGGUAAGAGGUCAAGAGCUAAUGUUGAGCAACUAUUGCCAGUGGCUGUUAGAGGUAUAUUGCCCAAAAAGUUGAGAUAUACUAUUAUAAGGUUUUGUUUCUUUUUCAAUGCUAUCUGUGGAAAAGUGAUUGAUCCAGACAAACUAGAUGAAUUGCAAAAUGGCAUUAUUGUUACAUUGUGUCAGUUGGAGAUGUAUUUUCCACCGUCAUUUUUUGAUGUCAUGGUUCAUUUGGUUGUACAUCUGGUGCGAGAGAUCAAACAGUGCGGUCCUGCUUAUUUGAGGUGGAUGUACCCAUUUGAACGGUACAUGAAAGUCUUAAAAGGUUAUGUGAGGAACCGGUAUCGACCAGAAGCAUCUAUUGUUGAAAGCUAUAUUGCUGAGGAGGUAACUGAAUUUUGUACUGAAUAUUUGGCGGGGGUAGAAGCUAUUGGUCUUUCUAAGUAUCGACAUGAAGGAAGAAGUGCUGGGAAAGGUACUCGAGGACGCAAAGUAGCCGGUAUGCCUCGUGAAGAUAUUGAGGAAGCACAUUUGUACAUCUUGCAUAAUACAAGUGAAGUCGAGCCAUAUUUAGAUGAGCACAAGGCACUGACUAAAGAGCAAAAUCCAAGAAAGACAGACAUGUGGAUUGUGAGCGAACAUAAUCGUACUUUUAUUAGUUGGUUCAAGAAUAAAGUUCUGAGUGCUACUAACUAUUCUGAAACAGUACGAUGGUUAGCUCAUGGUCCUUUGCACUUCAGUAGUUCAAAAGAUAAAAAUCCAGUCAUUGCAGAGUUGUCAUAUUAUGGUGUGAUUGAAGAAAUAUGGGAGGUUGAUUAUGUUCAGUUCAAAGUGCCGAUGUUCCGAUGUAAAUGGGUAGAUAGUAAACACGGUGUUAAAGCUGAUGAGUUAGGGUUUACACUUGUCGAUUUGAACAGGGAAGGUCACAAAAAUGAGCAAUUCAUAAUGGCAUCUCAAGCAAAACAAGUAUUUUUUGUUACUGAUCCUAGUGAUAAAAAAUGGUCUGUUGUUCUUCAUGGAAAGAGACAAAUUACUGGUGAUGGGAAUGAAGAUGUUAGUUAUGAGAUUGAGGAAAUACCACCCUUUUCUUCAAGUUUAUUACUAGUUAUUAUAGAUAAUGAGAUAGAUGAAGUGCAUGCAUCACGUGAUGAUCAUCAUGAAGGGCUAUGGGAGAAUUGA